UCCUCCCUCCCGGCCGCCACCCCGCCGACCGGCCAUUCGCGCCGCCGCCAUGGAUCUCACCGCGAUCUACGAGAGCCUACAGUCGCUGAGCCCUCCUGACCUGGCAUCUACUCGGGGAGGUGCUGAGUCCAGCCUGGGAUGGCCUUCCUCGGGAUCUUGGAGCUCAGCCGACUCCAGCCCCGCCGCGGUGACCCCCCGCCUGCCCGGGCGUUCUACCAGCCUGGUGGAGAGCCGCACCUACGCCUGGGUGCCACCCCCUCCAGGUUUCGCACCCCUGGCUCCUCGACCGGGCCCUGAACUGUCACCUUCACCCACCUCACCCACCGCAACCCCAGCCACCUCCUCCCGCUACAAGACAGAGCUGUGUCGGACCUUCUCGGAGAGCGGACGCUGCCGGUAUGGGGCCAAGUGUCAGUUUGCCCACGGUCAGGGUGAGCUGCGCCAGGCUAAUCGCCACCCCAAGUACAAGACCGAACUCUGCCACAAGUUCUACCUCCAGGGCCGCUGCCCCUACGGCUCACGCUGCCACUUCAUCCACAACCCCAAGGAGGACCUGGCCACCACCGGGCACCCACACAUGCUACGCCAGAGCAUCAGCUUCUCGGGUCUGCCAUCCGGCCGCCGGACCUCCUCACCGCCAGCCGGCCUCCCAGGCCCUUCCCUGUCCUGUUCCUUCUCACCGUCCAGUUCCCCACCACCGGCCCCUGGGGACCUGCUGAUCUCACCUUCUGCCUUCUCUGCUGCCCCUGGGACCCCUGUGGCCCGAAGGGACCCCACCCCAACCUGCUGCCCCUCCUGUAGGAGAACCACUCCCAGCAAUGUCUGGGGGCCCUUGGGUGGCUUGGCUAGAAGCCCAUCUGCACACUCCCUGGGCUCUGAUCCUGAUGAAUAUGCCAGCAGUGGCAGCAGCCUGGGGGGCUCCGACUCGCCUGUCUUUGACGGAGGCAUUUUUGGGCCGCCUCAGCCUCCUGCUGCCCAGCGGCGACUCCCCAUCUUCAAUCGCAUCUCCGUUUCUGAGUGACAAGGGCCCGUCCAGUACAUAUCAGUUGGAUCACAAGAGGGGCCAUUUCUCCUGCGGUGGGCUCACGUCGGCCCUAGAGCCGUGAGGAACUGGGGAGCCCUUAGCAGGCUGUCCCCCUCACCUUCUCUGGGGCAGGUCCCCAGGGGACAAGUUCUGAUAGUGUUUGUGGUAUGAGGGUGCGCGCUAUCUUAGGAGUUCUUGAAAGAUAUGAUGUAGCAAUUUACAGGAGGCAGUGAGCCCCCACCCCCCCCCCCACCCCCACUUCUCCCCUGCCCAAAUCUAUCUCCUAGAAUCUUAAAGUGCUGUGAAUAAUAGGCUCCCACUGCCCCUCCCAAGCUUUCCUAGACCAUGUGGUCCCAGCUUUUGAGGGGUCUUGGAGCCUCCCCUAUGGGGACACCCACCCUGGUGCUCAAAUUUCUCCCCCCAAACAAAUAGCCAAAGCUGUUGCCAUGUCCCAUUUCCAAAAACAAAACCAAAAAACCCAAAUGGGCCCCUUUAUUUAUGACGACUUUAUUUAUUCAAAUAGAUUUUAUAGUAUUUAUAUAUUGGGUCGUCUGCUUCCUUUAUAUUUUUCUUCCACCUUUUGUAAUAUUGGAAUUGAUAAUUAUUAAAUAUACUAUAUUAAUAUAUAUUGUUACCUUCAAAGUCUAUUUUUGUGUCUUUUGGAAUUUUUAAAUAAAAAGUGGAAUCAAUGUGUCAACGAGGAA